AUGUCCAAUAUUCGAUUUUCCAAAAUUGGUAUGAUUAUACAGAAUGAUGACGGUUCGUACGAUGUCGAUGCAAUACCUGGGCUCGGAGGCCCGUUCGAAACCGCAGCGGAGUAUUUUACCGCAUGGUGCAAGACCGUCAAAUUUCCGACGCGAGAAACCGACAUUAGAGCCCGUUUACCAUAUCACUUACAAGAUGAAAUGCUCGAAUCGAUUGAGAAAUUCCCUGAUCAAAUCCAAGAGAGCCUGCAUAAGUUUCUCGUCAAAAACGAAGGCCCUUUCCCACUCUAUCACCGAGACUUCCGACACAGCAAUGUUAUCAUCGACAACAAUUAUAAUAUUUUGUCUAUCAUCGACUGGGACAAUGCAGGCACAGUCCCUUGGGAGAUUGUUGAAUUUCCCCUUUUCUUGGAUGUUAUACCUCCGCCAAUGGAUAUGCCAGGAAACUACGAUGCCAAAGGAAACCCCGUCGACGAAGAAACCCGGAACCUAUGGAACGAACGAAACGAUUAUGUGCAAGGUGUCAUGAAAGACGAGAAAGAGACUGGCUCUGACGGAAGCCUUUCUUCCAUUCUCUCCUCUCGAUAUAACCAGAACAUCGCGACUGCACUCAGGCUCUAUGAGGAAUCUGGGAAAAUAGGGCAUUACUGCAAAGUCUUGGAUGAGAUGGGGCACACAUGA